GAAAGCAACGAGGGGAAUAUAUCGACAUCGACGCUGACCUUCACGCCGACGCAGCGGGACAACAACACGGCGCUGAUGUGCCGCGCGGAGAACACCAACCUGUCCAACUCGGUGCAGGAGGACGAGAUCAAGCUCAACGUCUACUAUCCGCCCACCCUGCGCCUCGAGCUCGGCAAGGGGAUCAAUCCGAACGACAUCGAGGAGGGCGACAACGUGUACUUCGAGUGCCACGUCAACUCCAAUCCGCCGGCGUACAAGGUGGUGUGGAAACACAACGGCGUGCCUAUCCAGGGCAACACGCGCGCCGGUGUGAUCCUGAUCACGCAGAACCUCGCCUACCAGAGCAUCCAGAGGCCGCAGGCCGGCAACUACUCGUGCGUGGCGUCCAACGUGGAGGGCGACGGCACCAGCAACAUCAUCACGCUCAACGUCAUGUGUGAGUGGCACUCUACUUUACAUAUUCAGUUUCAAACGCGGUGACAGGUAAUGUGUGGGGCUGCAUACUGCAUUUGAAUGUUU